CUCAGCGCCCGGGUUAGCACACGGUAUGGCAGGCAGUGGAUUUAUCCCGGCUAGUGCUGUCACUGAUAUGCUUGGCACUACUAGUCCCAUGCAGGGGUAAAACUAUGGACUAUAGAACUUAUCAUGCCGACUCCAAGCCACCGCUGCCGUGACAUUGAGAGGAAAGCGGAAUACCUCCAACCAGAGAAGUGUAUCCCACCACCUGUGGAUAACUCCAUGGAUAAAGUGUGGUUCAUCAAGGAUGGCUGCGGCAUCGCAUGUGCCGUGGUUACCUGGUUUCUGAUUUUCUAUGCAGAGUUCGUGGUAAUUUUUGUUAUGCUGUUGCCGUCCAAGAAUUUAAUUUAUAGCACAAUCAAUGGGAUUAUUUUUAAUUUACUGGCAUUCAUGGCAUUAGGUUCACAUCUACGUGCUAUGAUCACCGAUCCUGGUGCUGUUGCUAAAGGAAAUGCCACAAAGGAAUUUAUUGAAAGUUUGCAACUGAAACCAGGGCAGGUGGUUUACAAGUGUCCAAAAUGCUGCAGCAUAAAGCCAGAUAGGGCUCAUCACUGCAGUGUGUGUAAGAGAUGCAUUAGAAAAAUGGAUCACCACUGCCCAUGGGUCAACAACUGUGUGGGAGAGAAUAACCAGAAAUUCUUUGUUUUGUUUACUAUGUAUAUAUCUCUGAUUUCCUUACAUGCUCUCAUCAUGGUAGGCUUUCAUUUCCUGUACUGCUUUGAAGAAGACUGGACAAAGUGCAGCUCCUUUUCACCACCAACCACAGUCAUCCUCCUUAUUCUGCUUUGUUUUGAGGGAUUGCUUUUCCUUAUCUUCACUGCUGUGAUGUUUGGGACACAGGUACAUUCAAUCUGUACUGAUGAGACGGGAAUUGAGCGACUGAAGAAGGAAAAUCCAACUUGGGAAAAGACCAGUAGCUGGGAUGGGUUGAAACAAGCGUUUGGUGGUGGUUUCUCUCCUUCAUGGUUCAGCCCUUUUGCAGGAACUCUUUACCAAAAGGUGCCAUCAGAUAUUGAGACUGGUUCACUUGGGAAGGACAGCGAAAUAGUCACUGGAAGGUUGGUUGGACAUGUGGAAGUCAUUGAGGUGGGAUCAAUUCAAGGAUGCGCCAAUACAUUAAAAUAAAAAGCCAAGAAGGAUUGUGGCUUCUUCUCAUCUAACAUGACCAAUUUAAGGUGCACAACAACUGUACUGUGCAUAUACAGUAUAAGGAUUGGCAUUUUGUGAUUUCUUUGUUAACGUCACCUUAGGUUGACUUUAAUGUACUGGAUUUUAUUGUAUUUCACACGUAGUUUAAUAUUUUACCAAAUGCAUUGUUUCAUCUUUCUGGCUUCCUUCAGUGCCUUUCACCAAGGCUGUUAGAUCACCCAAGUAAUGUUUAUAACACAUUACUGCUGUACCCCAGCAGCAAUAAAUGUGUCAGGAUGAUGUAAAUGCCUUGGUGGUAACAAUUUUAUUAGGGGGGGGUUCUAGGAUGGGUGAUUUAUUUUAAUGGGUUGGAACAUUAUACUUAUAAUAAUACUUCAGAGCCUUAGUUUACAUCUUGAUACUUAGUAGUUAAUUGAUAUUUGUUUUAAAUACAUAGAUCAUCCUGUGAUAUCAUGUGCAGUACAGGGCCUUGCCGGUUGAUAAAUAAGGCCUCAGUAUUGUAUAACCAUUUAUAACCAUUUAAUAUAAUGCCUUUCACUCACUGGAAAUAACCAUAAGCAUGUUAAUCCUGGAUAGGAAGCUAAUUGCAUGUCAAUGGCCGUCUCUAACUGGAAUAGGCAUUAAUCUUAUUUUUAAUUGGGGGUUUAUAUGUGAAUAUAUCUGAUAACUAGAAUUUAAAGGCAGUAUAACCCCUGAAGUUGAUGUUUAUAAUGUUAUUUAUUAUUACAAUUAUGUUUACAACUAAAUCCUAGGAUAGCAUUGGAUUGUAAGUGGUAAGUUAAGGCGAAAUUUACCAGAUAUUUUCUCUAUUGUUUUUCUGUUGCAUUUAAGUGAUUAAAAUACUGCUAGUCGGGAUCCCGACUGUCACAAUGCCGACGCCAGGAUCCCGACUAGUGGUGAAAUGUUGUAGACGGAAUACCGGCGACACAGGCUAUUCUCCCACUGUGGGUGUCCACGACACCCAUAGAGGGAGAAUAGAACCUGUGGCACGCACAGCGAGCCUGCAUAGGGCUUUCUAGCACUCUACCCAGUGCUGGCAUUGCGGCAGAUGGGAUCCCGGUGUCGGGAUCAUGACAGCCGGCAUCCCGCCCACCGGCAUUUCAAACUGAUCCGUAUUUAAUGGCCUUGUCAAUUAGUCAGCUUUGAGCAUAGGCUACGUUGAUUACCUUAGGCCGGGUGUGUCAGGCUUAAGUGUGGGACAUGUUUGUUUCAAACAUCACAGGAGGGUAAUUCAAUUGGACUGUUGUGCGCCCUCUGCUGGCUGUCUAUGGUAAUGGACAUCUAUAAGAGCAAUUUAAUUGUUGGUCUGAUCAGAUGUCAAAUAGCAUUUAAUGCUGCUAAGAGCACUGGGUCCGUCUAAAAAUUUCUACUGAGCAUCUAAAGUUCAAGUUCGGGCACUUUGGGUGCCCAAACUACGGACUUUUCACACUCUUUUUUUCAUGCACCUCCAGAAGCUGCAAGAAAAAAUGUGACUGAUUCAGUUAAUCAGUACCAGAUUAAGGUCCACAUGGGCCUGGAGCUGAGAUUUAGGAAGGGCCUAUUAUGUGCCGUUCGAGGUAGUGUGAUCAGCAUCGUAGAGAAGUGGGAAGAGGGGGUGUGGUGACAUACUAUAUCACUGCACUACCUCCCCACACUACAUUACUAAGCUACCUUUCUGCACUACAUCACUGAGCUACCUCCCCACAUUACAUUACUGUGCUACUUCCCCAAACUACAUCGCCACACUAUAUCACUAUGAUACGUAUUCACACUAUAUCCCUGCAGUAUAUCACUACGCUACCUCCUCACACUACAUCUCCACACUAUUUCACUCCACUACCUUCCAGACUACAUUCCCGCACUACAUCUACCUACACACACCACCAUACUGCGCUACCUUCCCACACCACAUUACUGCGCUACGUUCCCACAUAAUAAUACUGCGUUACUUUCCCACACCACCGUACUGCGCUACCGUCCCACACCACCAUACUGUGCUACCUUCCAAAACCACAUUACUGCACUACUUUCCCACACCACCAUACUGUGCUACCUUCCAAAACCAUAUUACUGCGCUACUUUCCCACACACCUGUGCUGUGCUACCUUCCCACACCACAUUACUGCAAUACCUUCCCACGCAACAUUACUGCGCUACCUUUUCACACACUAUCACUACACUACCUCCCCCACAGUACUAUACUACCUCCCCACUCUGCAGCACUAAACUACAUACCCAUACUACAUCACUACACUGCCCCACACACUACAUCACUACCUACUUACUAUACUACAUCACUACCUACUUACUAUACUACAUCACUACACUGCCCCCUCACUACCUAUCCAUACUACAUCACUCAGUACCCCCUCACACACAUGACAUAACAGCAGUAACUCGCCACACUUCAUCACUGCAUUACACUGCACUAACCUUCCCUUCCAUUACAUGAGAACAUACCCUACACAGGCCUUUACCUGUAAGGAGGAUGCCUGUCUCUUUCCUCUGGUUCCUGGCUCCGCCUCUGGAGAAUCAGCAUAGCGAGGACAGGCUCAUAUAGGACAGAGUGUAAGGAGGGACGAGCCUGAGAAUAGGGAUGGGGGAAACAGACAGCACCUGAAGGUAUAGGAGCAGGAAGGGGGCAGGUCUGGUCCUGGACAUGGGAGGUGGGAGGGCUAUCUGGACGUCUCUGCCUGGUAACAAUGCAGCAGCAGUAGCAGCAGGGCAGCCCAUGGCUGGGGGAGGGACCAGCCACAGCAUCGUACACCAGCAGAGGUGAGCAGCAGGCAGG